AUGAGCGCCGUCGCAAACGAUCCUCAGGGUGAUGCUACCGACGCCCCCAUCCAGGAGCCAGAGAGAAAAAAGAGGCAGUAUAAGGAUUUUGGCCAUGACGACGAGAAAGCAACUCACGUCAAGGUCGAUAUGUCCACGAUCGAACUAAAGGCAGAGGAUUUGUACGACAAGGAAAAAGUUGACUUGGAAACUAUCGUUAUCGACGAUGUCUUCAAGCUCUUGCAGUGCACUGCGGAGGGGUUGAACCAUGAGGAGGCUCAACGACGACUCGAGCUAUUUGGCCCCAACAAACUGGAAUCUGAGGAACAGAAUCCAUUCCUUCAGUUCUUGAGUUUUAUGUGGAACCCCCUGUCAUGGGUGAUGGAAGCCGCCGCGCUCGUCGCUAUCGUACUUUCAAACGGUCAGGCCAAACCCCCUGACUGGCCUGAUUUUGUCGGUAUUGUUCUCUUCCUAUCCAUCAACUCUGCCAUUGGUUUCUACGAAGAACGUAACGCUGGAAAUGCCGUCAAGGCUCUUAUGGACUCCUUGGCACCUAAAGCCAAGGUUAGACGCGACGGCCAAUGGUCAGAAAUCGAAUCGUCCAUUCUCGUCCCUGGGGAUAUGGUGUCAUUCAAAAUCGGUGAUAUCGUCCCAGCCGAUUGUCGUCUGACGGAGGCCAUCAAUGUUUCUAUUGAUCAGGCCGCUUUGACGGGUGAGUCACUGCCUCAGUCCAAGAAAACGGGCGACCAGUGCUUUUCGGGAUCCACGUGCAAGCAGGGUGAAGCUGAGGGAGUGGUUAUCUCCACUGGCCCCAACACCUUCUUUGGUCGUGCUGCCUCGCUCGUAGGCCAGGAUGAUGACACCACUGGUCACUUGCAGAAGAUUUUGGCUCAAAUUGGAUCUUUCUGUCUUGUCACCAUUGGUGUCUUCGUCAUUGCGGAAAUCAUUGUCUUGUACGCUGGCUUCAGGUACAGGUACCGCGAUGGUCUCGACAACAUCCUCGUUCUUCUCAUCGGUGGUAUCCCCAUUGCCAUGCCCACCGUCCUCUCAGUCACCCUCGCCGUCGGUGCUCAGCAAUUAGCCAAGUACAAGGCCAUUGUUACACGCAUCACCGCCAUUGAAGAGUUGGCCGGUGUUACUAUCCUGUGCUCUGAUAAGACCGGAACUUUGACCACCAACAAGCUCACCAUCGACCGCAACACUAUACAGACAUACGGCCCCUUCUCUGCGGAGGAUGUUAUACUCCUUUCCGCUUACGCCUCGCGUGUGGAGAAUCAGGACGCCAUUGACACAUCCGUCGUUCAAGCGCUCGGAGAUACAGCCCGUGCUCGUGCCGGAAUCAAACUGCUCGACUUCAAGCCGUUCAACCCCGUCGACAAGCGUACCGAGAUCACAUACCGUGAAGAGUCGACAGGCAAACUUAAGCGUGUCACCAAGGGUAUGACGGCCAUCAUCAUCGAACUUUGCACGCGCAACAAGACCGAGGAGCUGGAGGAGAGGUUGGAGAAGGACGUAGAAGACUUUGCUAUCCGCGGUCUCCGUGCCCUGGCCGUCGCUUACGAGGAAUUGGACGGUGAUGAUCAUGAGGCUGAGGGUAACGGGUUUGAGCUGAUUGGUCUCCUGGCUAUCUUUGAUCCUCCCCGUGGUGAUACUAAGCAAACCAUUGAUGAUGCACUGGCUCUUGGUGUUCGCGUCAAAAUGGUCACUGGUGAUCAACUUGCUAUCGCCAAAGAAACCGGCCGCCGUCUUGGGUUGGGAGACCACAUGUACCCUGCGAAGGUGUUGAAGGACGGCCCAGCCCCCGGAAGCAAGUUCAACAACCUUGAUGAGAUGAUUGUGGAUGCUGAUGGGUUCGCUGGUGUGUUCCCUGAGCACAAGUACGAAAUUGUCAAGCGGUUACAAGGGCUUGGGCAUUUGUGCGCGAUGACGGGUGAUGGUGCCAACGACGCCCCUGCUCUGUCUCGUGCCAAUGUCGGUAUCGCUGUGGAAGGUGCAACGGACGCUGCUCGUGGUGCUGCUGAUAUCGUGCUCACUGAACCGGGUCUUUCCACCAUCGUCCACGCCAUCCGCCAAUCCCGUAUUAUCUUCCAACGUAUGAGGAACUACUCGAUCUACGCGUGCGCCGUCACCAUCCGUAUCGUUGUGUGUUUCGCCAUCCUGUCAUUUGUGUACAAGUUCAACUUCCCGCCGUUUAUGAUUCUGAUCAUUGCACUCCUCAAUGAUGGGACUAUCAUGACACUUUCGGUUGAUCGUGUGCUUCCUUCUCUGACGCCGGAUAGUUGGGAUUUGGUUGAGAUUUUCUCGUACGCUUUUGCUUAUGGUAUUUACCUCACUGCGUCCACCAUUGCCCUCGUCUGCAUCAUCAUCGAGACCAACUUCUUCCAAGACAAGUUCGGCGUCUCCCUCGACACCGCACCUCCUAUCUCGCACAACGACCCCAAGCUGCACAUGAUUGUCUACCUUCAAGUUGCUAUCAUCUCACAAGCCCUCAUCUUCGUCACCCGUUCGCACGGUUUCUUCUUCAUGGAGCGGCCCUCUACAGCACUCAAGGGCGCGUUCUGCUUUGCCCAAUUCAUCUCGUCCAUCAUUGCUGCGUACGGUGACAUGGGCUUCACUAAGAUCAAGGCUAUCUCUGGUGGUUGGAUCGGCAUUGUUUGGAUCUGGAACAUCAUCUGGUUCAUCCCUCUGGACUGGGUUAAAUUUGGAAUGAAAGCCACUGUUAUCAAGGCUAUCCGCAAGCGUCGUGAGCGCAUUGCCCAAGAAGUGGCUGCCACCGGCGUCCCACUCACCCGCACCCAAUCGCGCGCCGCGUCCAUCCACGAAUCGCUCUACUCGAAUCGUGUGUCGUUCAUCAAGCGUGCGGCACGUAAAGUGGGCUUUGGCGGAAAGAUCUCGGCGAAGCCUGAGGAGCUGCACCGAUUCAGCUCUAUUCAAGCCCAGAGAGUUGGCCAGACGCUCGCGAGGAAUCCGAGUAGGAUUGGUGGGACGGCCCCUGUAUAGUUUUCCUUCUUUUGACGAGCAUAAUAAUCCCUAUAGACGGAAGAAUCGAAUCCAAUUGCUUAUAAACCAUGGG